GGUGAUAACAGAGACUCUCAUGGACCAUCAACAGUGGUAACAAACAGUGAUGAAUCACAGCUUUUAACUCCAGGAAAAAUGAGCCAGCGCCAGGGGAAAGAAGCCUAUUUUACUCCAACCAAAGAGUUACUCCAGCCAUCUCUCAGCCCAGGAACUGCCCAUAGCCAUGGUUUUGACAAAGGGAAGGAUGAUGGGUCACAAAGUAAAGAAGAUACGGCACAUUCUAUGUCAAAAAGCAAGUCUGAAUCCAAGCUUUUCAAUGGCUCCGAGAAGGACAUCUCUUUAUCUUCAACCAAGCUUACAAAAAAGGAAUCUCUCAAGGUUCAAAAGAAAAAUUACAGAGAAGAAAAGAAGAGAGCUACAAAGGAAUUACUUAGCACUAUCACAGACCCAUCAGUUAUUGUUAUGGCUGACUGGUUGAAGAUUCGUGGUACCUUGAAAAGCUGGACCAAACUGUGGUGUGUACUGAAACCAGGAGUGUUGCUUGUUUACAAAACCCCCAAAAAUGGCCAGUGGGUAGGAACGGUGCUCCUGAACGCUUGUGAACUCAUUGAGAGGCCUUCUAAAAAAGAUGGCUUUUGUUUCAAACUGUUUCAUCCUUUGGAGCAGUCCAUAUGGGCUAUAAAGGGUCCCAAAGGUGAAGCAGUUGGUUCUAUAACUCAGCCAUUGCCCAGCAGUUAUUUGAUCAUCCGAGCUGCUUCAGAAUCAGAUGGCAGGUGUUGGAUGGAUGCUUUGGAGCUGGCGCUGAAAUGUUCAAGUCUGCUGAAACGUACAAUGAUUAGAGAAGGUAAAGAACAUGAUUUGAAUUCUUCAGCAGACAGUACUCAUGUCUCUCUCUAUGGUCUGCUUCGUGCUAACAACUUACACAGUGGAGAAAACUUACCGUUGAAUGACAGUGAAAUUGAAAGGCAUCACUUUAAAGAUCAAGAUAUGUACUCUGACAAAUCUGAUAAGGAAAAUGACCAUGACCACGAGGAAUCUGAUAAUGAUGGAUUGGGGAAAAGCGAAGAAAGCGAUAGCGACACUUCGGAGCGACAGGAUGAUUCUUAUGUUGACCCAGAACCAAUUGAUAUCAAGGAAACUACUUAUUUAGAACAGAGUCAUGAAGAACUUGGAGAGGCAGGGGAGGCUGCUCAGACAGAAGUAGUGUCAGAAGAAAACAAAAGUCUGAUCUGGACAUUACUGAAGCAAGUGCGGCCAGGAAUGGACUUAUCCAAGGUUGUACUGCCUACGUUCAUCUUGGAACCUCGUUCUUUCCUGGACAAGCUGUCUGAUUACUACUACCAUGCAGACUUUCUGUCUGAAGCUGCUCUUGAAGAGAAUGCUUACAACCGCAUGAAGAAAGUAGUGAAGUGGUAUUUGUCAGGAUUCUACAAAAAGCCAAAGGGACUAAAAAAGCCGUACAAUCCUAUACUGGGUGAGACUUUCCGAUGCAUGUGGAUUCAUCCAAGGACGAAUAGCAAGACUUUUUAUAUUGCGGAACAGGUGUCGCAUCAUCCUCCAAUAUCUGCCUUCUAUGUUAGCAACCGCAAGGAUGGUUUUUGCCUUAGUGGUAGCAUUCUGGCCAAAUCAAAAUUCUACGGGAAUUCAUUAUCUGCCAUACUAGAUGGAGAAGGACGGCUAACAUUCCUAAAUAGGGGAGAAGAUUAUGUAAUGACAAUGCCAUAUGCUCAUUGUAAAGGAAUUCUUUAUGGCACAAUGACCUUAGAGCUUGGGGGAACAGUCAACAUCACGUGUGAGAAAACUGGCUACAGUGCAACAAUUGAAUUCAAACUCAAGCCUUUUUUGGGUAACAACGACAGUGUUAACCAAAUAUCAGGGAAAAUUAAGCUUGGGAAAGAAGUUCUGGCUAUUUUGGAGGGUCACUGGGACAGUGAAGUUACUAUUAGUGACAAGAAGACAGAUGUUUCGGAGACAUUCUGGAACCCGACAUCUGAUAUCAAGCAGCGUAGAUUACCUAGAUACACAGUGAAGUUUGAAGAGCAAGAUGACUUUGAGUCAGAGAAGCUUUGGCAGCAAGUGACACGAGCAAUAAAUAAUAAAGACCAAACGGAAGCCACUCAAGAGAAAUACGUUCUGGAAGAAGCUCAGAGAAAGAGUGCCAAAGAGAGGAAACUAAAGGGUGAAGAGUGGACGUGCAAACUGUUCGAUCAGGAUUCGGUCACAGGAGAAUGGCACUACAAAUAUGCCGAUACCAGACCGUGGGACCCUUUGAAUGAUAUGAUCCAAUUUGAAAAAGAUGGCACCAUCCAAACAAAAGUUCGACAUCGGACACCAAUGGUUAGUGUUCCAAAAAUCAAGCGAAAGCCAGCCAGUCAGAAGAAAGGAGAGUGUGGUUUCUCAUCCCCGGAGCCUGAUAACCAGGAUUCCUCUGGGAGUGAAGCGCAACUUCUGAAGCAUAAUACAAGAAUAAGGAAGAAAGGGGCAGACCUUGGUGAACUGCAGAGUGCCAUUGAAUCUAUAAAGGAAACACAAGAAGACAUCAAGAGGGACAUUAUGGCUCUGCGAAACAGAGUCACUGCUAACUCGCCACCUGUGGACUACCAUUUCUUGCAGUUCAAGCAUUAUGUCUUCAUUUUACUCGUGGUUCUGCUACAGCUUAUCAUUAAUUUCUUGUUCAAAUAGGAAGUGUGAACAAGGGCCUUUCUGAACUGGAAUGAUCGAACUGUUAACUGGGACCAUAUUUUAAGUUGGACUGGAAAUGAUGCAAUAUUAUCUAAAAGAGCCCUGUAGCAACAACUUACAGAACUUUGCCUCAGCGUCCAUCGUUCAGAAUCAUACUCCCGUCUACCCAGUUGAAGUAAGAAUUGUGUAAGUGCCAGUACACUCUUGCUCCUGGUGUGUGCCUCUGUCUCACAGACAUACGACAUCAGCCUUGUGUUUUAUAUUGCGUCAUAUGCUGUACUGAUGAAUCUUC